CUCGACUCACACGUCAACUCACUCCAUCAAAAUGACUACCUGGAUCUCCACCCACGGCAUCGGUGCCAUCAAGGACAGCACUUCCUCAUUCUCCAUAACCGCCGACAAGGGCUCCGCUCUCGUCAAGCCGACGAGCCCGAACGAGCUGAGCGGAUGGAUCCACUUCACCAUCCCCAGCCCUCCGGUCAACAACCCGAACCUCAAGGUCGUCUCCGUGGACUUCUCUUCCCAGUCGGCCACCGUCGACACCGUGGCCAUCUACCUUGCCAACUUGGUCAAGUUCAAGGAAGAAGGGCUCCAGAAGGGACAGUCCUUCUCCCUCACCAUCGACUCCGCCACGGCCGUCUACCAGGGCAAGGGUAUUUCCGUCUCGGUCCUUGUCCAGUUCGACAGCGUGGCUUCCAACCUCCGGUUCCAGUCUGUUGGAAUCCAGGUCUAGAUAA